AUGGCCGGAAAAAAGAAGGACAUUAGUUUGCAGGUGUCCAUCAGUAACGACGAGCAAUGGGGCGAGAUGCUGGCCACGAAAGGGUUAACAGUGGUGGACCUGUUCCAGAAGUGGUGUGGACCAUGUCGUGCUGUCGUCAGCCUGUUCAGAAAAAUAAAAAAUGAGCUGGGAGAUGACCUGCUGCAUUUUGCCAUCGCAGAAGCUGACAGCAUUGACGCACUAGAGAAGUACAGAGGGAAAUGUGAGCCCACCUUCUUAUUCUAUGCUGGUGGGGAUCUUGUGGCUGUGGUGCGAGGGCCAAACCCUCCUCUCCUGCAGAAAAUGAUACUGGAGGAACUGGCCAAAGAGAAAAAGGUGCUUGAGCAGGACAUUAAGCGAAUUGUGGUGGAGGAUCAUGGAUUGAUUGAUGAAGAAAAAGUGCGAGAGGAAGCAGAAGCUCAUCAACAUUCUGAAGAUGUUCUUGUGCCUGCUAACAGGGCUUACACAGUGGGAAUCAUUAAGCCAGAUGUUGUUGCACAUGGGAAGACAGAUGAGAUUAUUAUGAAGAUUCAGGGUGCAGGCUUUGAGAUCCUGGCUCAUGAGGAGCACACAAUGAGUGAAUCUGAGGCUCAGAAGUUUUAUCAGCACAAAGAAGCAGAGCCAUACUUUCAGGACCUGAUCCGUUUCAUGUCCAGUGGUCCCUCCCAUGUUCUGGUCAUUUCUAAUCCAGAGGGUACUGAUGAUGUCAUCUCAGCCUGGCAGACAUUCCUGGGACCAGCAGGUAUAGAAGAGGCCAAGAGGGAGCAUCCAGAGAGUUUGCGAGCCCUGUAUGGAACUGAGGAUCUCUUCAAUGCUCUUCAUGGCAGUCAUAAUGGUGAGGAGGCUGGUAGAGAGCUGGCCUUCUUCUUCCCCAACUUCGGACCUCCAGAAUCGGAACCAGUGCCUGUGGAGAGGACACUGGCACUCAUUCGGCCUGACGCAGCCAGAGAAAACAGAGAGGAGAUCUUAUCAAGGAUCCAUGAGGCAGGAUUUACAGUGACCAUGCAGAAGGUGGUAACGCUCACAGAGGAUCAGGUCCGCCAAUUUUAUGAUCAGCACCAAGACGGCGAAAACUUCCAAGCCCUUCUCACUAACAUGACCAGUGGUCCUGUGCUGGCUCUGGUUCUGGCUAAACAGGGAGCUGUGGAGCACUGGAGAAAUCUGCUGGGAUCCAAAGACCCAACACAGGCAAAGCAGGAACAACCAAACUGCCUGCGAGCUCAGUUCACAGGGAAGAGUGAGUGUGUGAACUGGCUGCAUGGAAGCGGGAGUGUGGAAGCAGCUGAGUGGGAGAUCAGCUUCUUUUUCCCGACAGAGUGCACACUGGCUGUAAUCAAACCCAAUAUUUCAGAGGAGCUCAGAGAGGAGAUCUUGGGGGAGAUCCGAGCUUCAGGAUUCACCAUCUUUCAGCAGAAGGAAAUGGUUUUGUCCAGGGAGAUGGCUGAGGAAUUCUACAAACAGCACAGGGACAAGCCAUUCUUCAACCAGUUACUGGAUUACAUGUGUCGUGGUCCGUGUACGAUGCUGAUUUUGUCUAAAGAGAAUGUGGUAGAGGAGUGGAGGACCAUGAUGGGCCCUGCUGACCCCAGUAAGGCAAAAGAGACAGCACCGGGGUCACUGAGAGCUCGCUUUGCUAAGGACAUCCUGGAGAAUACUGUGCAUGGUUCAUCCAGCUCACAGCAUGCACAGGAGGAAAUACAGCUCAUCUUCAGGGAGAUCAGCUCAGAGAGUCAAGUUAUCAGUACAGGAGAUGAUGAGAUAAAUCCAUGA